AUGGGAACAAGAUGGACUCUCCCUGGACCUUUCCUACUUGUUCUCCUCUGUUAUGGACAGCUCUUGCCAUGGCUCAGGACCGAGAGUGAUCACACCUCAGGUGCCUUCUACAAUGAGACCAAGGCAAGGAUGUUCCUGCAGUUUUAUGACAAGACAGCCCAAGUUGUGUUGAACCAGUUCAUGGAGGCCACUUGGAACUAUGUCACCAACAUCACCAAAGAAAAUAGGAAGGAGAUGCUGCAAAAGGAUAUGGAGAGGUCCCAGUUCAUGGCAUACUUUGGCAAAUGGGCCCGCCUGUUUAAGAGCACCCGAUUCCAGGAUCCAGCUGUGAAGCGCAUGCUGUGUGAGCCGCAGGACAUAGAUAAGGCGGCCUUGCCCAAGGACGAGCUCCGUGAGUACAAGCUUCUGGCCCACAUGGAGCUGACGUACAGCACGGCCCAGGUGUGCCUCAGUGAGGGGCCCUGCCUGACCCUGGAGCCUGAACUCAGAGAAGUCAUGGCCACCUCCAGGGAAGAGAAGGAGCUGCUGUGGGCCUGGCAGGGCUGGCGGGAUGCUGUGGGUCCUGAGAUCUACAGCACCUUCGAGCACUAUGUGGAGCUCAGCAACAAGGCUGCUCAGCUCAGUGGUUAUAAAGACAUGGGGGCCUUGUGGCACUCCAAAUACGAGUCGGACACCCUGGAGCAGGACCUGGAGCAGCUUUAGCAGGAGCUGCAGCUGCUCUACCUGAACCUGCACACCUACGUGCGCCGGGCCCUGCACCGCCGCUACGGGCCCCAGCUCAUCAACCCGAGGGGCCCCAUCCCCGCCCACCUCCUGGGAAACAUGUGGGCCCAGUCCUGGGUCAACCUCUUAGACCUGGUCUUGCCCUUCCCGGAGAAGAUCCCCGAGGUCACCACGAAGAUCACGAAAGGCCAGCACUGGGAUCUGCAGAAAAUGUUUAAAGAGGCUGAGAAAUUCCUCACCUCCUUGGGGCUGCUGCCCGCCCCACCUGAUUUCUGGAAAAAGUCUAUGUUGGAGAGGCCGACUGAUGGGUGGGAGGGGGAGUGCCAAACCUGUGUCUGGAACUGCUACAAGGGCGAUGACUUCAGGAUAAAGAAGUGCACUGAGGUGACCACAGAAGACCUGCUCUCCAUCUUCCACCAGAUGGGCCACAUCCAGUACUUCUUCCAGUACAAGAACCUCUCUGUGAUCUUCCAUGCAGGUGCCGACCCAGCCUUUGAAGAGGCCGUGGGGUUGGUGAUCACCCUCUCGGCCUCCUCCCACAAUCACCUGCUCACCAUAGGCCUGCUCAGCCUCCUGCACCAGAACGCAGAGAACAAAGUCAAUUUCAUGAUGGGCAUUGUCCUGGAGAAGAUCACCUUCAUCCCUUUUGCCUACCUAAUAGAUCUGUUUUGCUGGAAGGUCUUUAAUGGCACCAUCCAGAAGAAUGUCUACAACCAGGAGUGGUGGAGCCUCAGGUUGAAGUACCAGGGCCUGUGCCCUCCCAUUCCUCGGUCAGAGGAGGACUUUGAUCCCAGUGCCAAGUUCCACAUUUCCGCCAGCGUGCCCUACAUAUGGUACUUCCUCAGCCUAGUGCUCCAGUCCCAGUUCCAUGAAGCACUGUGCAAGGCCUCAGGCCACGUGGGUCCGCUGCACCAGUGUGACAUCUACAACUCCAAGAUAGCUGGAAAGCUCCUGGAGGAUGUGCUAAAGCUGGGCUCAAGCAAGCCCUGACCAGAGGUCCUGCAGAAGCUGACUAGGCAGUCCAAGGUGUCUACGAAGUCUCUUAUGACCUACUUCAAACCCCUGCUGAACUGGCUGGUGACUGAAAAUGUGUGGCAUGGAGAGAUCCUGGGUUGGCCAGACUUCAGCUGUUCCUUUGAAGAAAAAGAAAGAAGCAAAGUGACAUUUCUGAGUCUGGAGCUGAGCCCUAACCAGGCCAACUUUGGGCAGUGGCUGCUGCUGGCCCUGAGCUUCGUCAUGUUCCUGGUGGUCCUGGGGCUGGCCUGCAGGCUGUAUUCCCUGGAAAAACGGGCACUGGACCAGGAGAGAAUGAUAUUCAGCACACUGCCCACUGCCAACUUCCUGGGGAUGACCAUGGAGACCCACGAGGCUGCCAGAAGACAGUGGAUGCUGCUGGGUCUCUGCUUCAUCCUGAUUCUGUUCUCGGAUGGCCUGACCAUUUGGAUUUUAACACAGCACAGCUGGAAGCUUCCACGGAUGUGA